AUGUCGUCUAAGCCGACCAUUGCGUUUGUUUUCCCUGGUCGAAUUGAUCAUGUAGAACCAACUCUCCCGCUGUGCCGCGGGUUGGUGAAAAGGGAUCUCCAAGUGGAAUAUGUCUGUGAUGCUGCUUUCAGAGAUGCCAUUCGGGAAACUGGGGCAAUUUUUCAUGAUGUUGAAGAUAUUUGUGCUGAGCAUGGGAUCAACUUCAAAGAGAUGUUGGUGGAUUGCCUGGCUGAGUAUGCGGAGGACAAUUCUGGAGAUCCAGCUUGGGGAAACAUCUUCGGUAGCAUUGCCACGGAGAAAUUGAUUCCAGUGUUCUUGGACUUUUUCAGAUCUCUGUCUCCGAAGGUCGUUGUGUACUGUCCCAUUCGCUGCCCCUACGCUCACUUCGCCUCACAAGUCCUUAGGAUUCGAGAUGUGUCCUUACUGACAGAGCCAGGUCCUGGUUCGAUGAUCCGUGAAGUCCGCAAGUUUGGAGAAACGCCUGGGCAGCUGGCGGAAAGGAUACGAUCCAAUACUGCCAACGCCAAGGCCGUUGAAGGGAUCCGGGCCUUGUUGAAGAAAGUCCUCUCAUUGAACACCUUUGAACCCUUGUGCCAUGAAAACUACACGCAGCUGAAUCUGGUGGCAACACUACAGUCAUUGGCAGACCCUUUGAGCGAGAAGGACGCAUGUGUUUAUUUCGCACAAGGAAACAAGUUCGAAUUUCUUGGGCCAUUGAGAGAUCCGUUUUCUCCGGAAGAAACUUGCAGUGAGUUGAUGGAUGAGAUAAGGGAGGCAGUGUAUACCAGAUCGGACAUUGUUUAUGUCUCCAUGGGGCAAAUUACUGGCGAUGAUCCCCGCCACGGCUGGAACGCCUCCUUUGGCGACAAUCUUCUCACCGGAAAGCAGAUCUGCCAUGCCAUUUAUCGCGUGAUGUUCCGGGAACUGGGAAAGGCCAAAGUGGGUCCCACACCGCUGGUGAUCUUUACCGUUGGAAAACACGGGACCUGA